AUGAACGGCAACGCGCUGUCGCCCGCGGCGGCGCGCGACGCGCACGGGCACGAGGGCAAGGACCACGACCGGGACUUCACCCACGUCUACCGCACCACCCCGGUCACGCCGCGCCUCUACAAGCUUGUCGUCGGCGCGUGGAUCUACGCGUGCGCGGUCGCCAUCUACACGCACUACCCCGACGAGCACGGAAGAAUCGCGUCCCUCGCGCACCUGUACUACCAGGCGCCCUUCAUCGCCCUCCUCGCGAUGUGGCUGUGGGGCGUCAACCUGUGGGCGUGGUGCGUUUUGAUGAGGCUAAACCCGCACCCGCUCGUGGUGUUCGAGCUCGACGACGCGAGGAUACACAUGGGGCACAGGGAGGUGUUUAAAUGCGCGUUUUACCUCACCGCCGUCUUCGCCGGAUCCCUCGCGCUCUUCCUCAAGUACGCCGGCACCGGGGUGGACGACGACCUGGCCAAGGUGAUGCCGGUGGGGCUGUACGUCGGGGCGCUCGGGGCGCUCUUCGUCCCGGCGCAGAUUUGGUACGCGCCGAGCCGGAGGUUUUUAGCCCAGACGCUGCGAAAGGCGAUGGCGCCGACGGCGCAGCCCGUCGGCUUUGCCGACUUUUUCCUCGCCGACGUGGCGUGCUCGAUGGCCAAGUCGUUCUCGGACGUGGAGCGCGCGGUGUGCUCGAUGCUCGCCGGGAAGGUGAUGGCGGCGGUGGACGGGGACGGGACGUGCGGGUCGACGAGUUGGAAGAUUCCGCUGGCGCUCGCGGUUCCAUCCGCGAUUCGGCUCUUUCAAUGCGUUCGGCAAUACAGAGACACCGGCGACGUCGCGUGCGUGUACAACGCGCUCAAGUACCUCAGCGCCAUGCCCGUCAUCGCGUUGUCCGCCGCGAAGUACCACGUGGACCAUACGCUGUGGCUCAACGUCCUGCGACCCGCGUGGAUCACGUGCGCGGUGGUCAACACCGCGUACUCGUACUACUGGGACGUUCGACACGAUUGGGAUUUAAACGUGUUCAAAUCGUGGGGCGCGGUGGUUCCCCAGCAAGGGGGUGGCGGCGGCGGGUGGGCGGCGCGGGGACGCGCGCCCGUGGGGCGACGAGACGGUGCGUUCGUGGUGGACGGAUCCGUCGUGCACGGCGACGAGGGCGGGGUUGUCGGGCCGAUGGGUCGGCGGGAGCGCGUGUACUCGCCGACGUUUUACCGCGCCGCCGUCGUCGUCAACCUGGUGAUGCGUGCGUCGUGGACGUACAAGCUGAGCGCGCACUUGCGGCACAACGCGUGGACGGUGCUGCUGUGCACGGGGUUGGAGAUCACGCGGCGGUUCCUGUGGGCGCCCAUCCGCGUCGAGAAGAAGUACCUGCAGAUGCGGCAGACGCGCGUGUCGAGGACGGCGAAGGUUUGA